AUGACUUUAAGACAGUACAAGACAGGGGCCAGCAACCAUGUGCCGGACCUUCUCUCACGACCAGCAGGUGAUGUACCUCCAUCUAUGAAGACAGCUCGCCUACUAGAACAGGCCCAGGAGGCACAUGAUGACGCUGCUGAUAAGAUGGACCUCACUGGAAUGACAGCUGUUCAGACGAGGGAGCACCAGCUAUGGGACCCGGCAUGCGAGGACCCCCUGGGUUGGCUGGAAGGACGCCAGGCUGUACCUGGGGAGAGACCUCCUGCUGCACUCUUCAGCUUUGAGGCACUACGACAAGCCCACUGCCCUCCGACUGCCACCCAUCCUGGGGUCCACCAUACAUUCCAGAACCUGCAGGGCGCCUGGUACUUCCCCAAUAUGUAUCAUCUGGUGAGGGAGUAUGUGGCAGCCUCCCAUGCAUGUCAGCAGCGCAAGGGUGUGGCAGGACGCGCCCCAAUGGAAGGCCAUCCACUGCCAGAGGUCCCACUGGUGACAGUGUCAGCUGACCUUAUGGACUUGCGGGGAUCAGCAGCAUGUACUCUCCAUUGUGAACCAUCACACAUGGUUCAGCUGGUCUCACUGCUUGAUAAGAAGGCCGACAGAGUGCUAUGGGCCUUUGACGACCAUUAUUCCAAUGGGGUGGUGGAGCGCACCAAUCAGACAGUGAAGGAUGCGCUGGUGGCACUGGCUCGGCAGGCUCCUUCGCAGUGGCCCACCCAUCUUCCUGCUGUUCGCCUCGCCUUGAACUCAUCCAUCCACCGUGCUGUGAGGGACCAGCCGCUAUACUUGCUGACGGGUCUUAUGGUGCUCUUUGGGAAGGGCCUGAUUAACCGCCAGGCUGUGGACCCCAACCUGAUAUUGGCACGUCUUGCAGACGCUUGCUGGCUAGGUGUUGAAGUGAGCCGGAAGAUGCAGGAGACUAACAAGGCCCAGUAUGAGCACGUACCUCAGGCCCAUACGAGGAGGGAUCUCUGGUCCUACAUAAGGUCCUAG